UUUUCUAUUGAUUUUCAUAAUUUGAAUUUUUAGUCAAGAACGUGUCAUCACGAGGGCGUGUCGAACGAGUUUAGUCUUCCCGGAGUACAGUUAAGUGUUACGUUGUGUAUGACGUUGACGACACGACUUUCUCUGUGACUCGCUCCUAACACGAGAUAGGAACAAUGAAAAGGGUACUCACGCCGCUCCUGAACUUGAAAAACAACGACAUGAGGGCGGCUGGAGCGCUACGGGCUGCGGGCCGGCGAUCGCGCCGACACUGCCGCGCCCGCCGCGACCCCCCGCGGGCGGGACGCGCAACAACAAGCCACGAACCUAACUACAACUCCGCUCUCUGAAACAUUACUUCAGUGAAUCCAACAUUUUCAAUAUAAAAUCCGAUAUUAUUGUAAUCGGCUAUAGUUUUGUGGUGAUCGGCAAUAAUGCAGGAGUCUCGAUCUACUAAGGAUAUAAAAGGAACAACUUAAGGUAUUCCAUAAUAUAAAGUCACCUCCAUUUAUUUUCACAUAUCCACGACCACUAUCGAAAAGCGCAGUCGCAAAGCAAUCGAUCGGUCCACGGGCAGGCGCCCCGCCUCCGCUGUAGGUGACUGAUCAGAUGCUUACGACGGACAACAUAGAACGGAUCGUGCGACAUGUCAUGCUUCGGUCAGGCGGAAGUGGCAACCCUUUGAAAGAAACUUCCAGUACGAGACUUCUAUGCGAGUGACCGUCCUAUAUGGACGGUGAGUGUUACAUACUAACAAAAAAUCUCGAAGGGAGGAACAGCCAGCAGUGUAGUUGAAGAACAAUGCAUAGAAGCAUGGGAGCUUGUGGUCGCGCCGCGCUGUGGUGGUGGGCGGCGCUGGCGCUGGCGCACGCGCGGGAGCUGGACCCGGCCGCGUGCAGCGCGCGCUUUGACGUGCAACGCGACAAGAUCAUUCGCACGGAGGAGUCCCGCGAGAUGGGCGCGCGGUAUCUCUCCGAACUGGACGUGGGGGCGCGCCAUGAAUGCCUGCGCUUGUGCUGUGAGACGGACUCCUGUGAUGUUUUUGUCUACGAAGAGAAGAGUCCGGGCAGCUGUUAUCUGUUCAACUGCGGACCGCCCGAGGACUUCCGAUGCAAGUUUACGGCGCAUGGCAACUUCAGCAGCGGCGUGAUGGCGCUCAGCAGGCGGCUGGCCGAGCUGCAGGACCAGGAGCGACUCGCGAACCACGAGCGGGAGCUCGCAACUCUAAGGUAAACAUUUUUUAUUACUCUCUAGAAGCAAACUCGCAAAAUUUAUAUUAAUAAUGAUAAAUUCUUUAUUAAAAUACUCAUUAACACGGUGCAUAAAAUUGAGAUAAAUAUACAAAAUUGAGCAAAGUAACACAAGUGCCUGAAUUAGAACAUGCCUGUAUGUCAGGUAAAGAAAAAGAUGUACUUAACUAACAUUAAACUAUCACUAUAAAUAUUAAAUGAAGAACUUAAAUAAGCUAAACAUAAGCAUAUGUAGGAUAAAGAUUAAAUGAAAUUAAUUAAUAUAAUAUAAACAAAAUUUUAAGCUUCAUCUCUGUUUAUUUACUACCAAUAAUCUCUCCAUAUCUUCGUAUAACAUCUUCAUUUCUUGUUUUAUUAAUGGUUUAUUACAUUAUAUGGACUUCUGUUUCUACCCAGGAUGGUCUAACGUUCCCUUUUUUUAAUCAGUAGAGGUGCGACCAGCACUCCUGCAGCACCCACUACGGCUGCAACGAGUCCAGCGCCUCCACCGCCGCCUUCACCGCCGCGACCUCCAGAUCCUCGUAUGUAGCGACACGUAACA